AUGCGAUUGCUCAUAUUAUUGUUGGUUUUUGGUGCCAAAAUUUCGUUGGCCGCUAAUUUUUUCGGAAAUUUGGAGCAGAACACGACCAAGGUUGAUAUUUCACACUGUGAGUUUUUUUUUGAAUUUUGAAUCGAUAAAACUUUGAAUUUUCUCUCAUUUUUACAGUGAUCAAAAAUAUAAUCUACGACAAAAACGAAAAAAUCAAUAUUCUCCACAAUUACGGCAAUGAUUUCAUUCUUCUUGGCUCCAAAAAUCGAGCCUAUAAUAUCAGUUUGAAAACAAUGCAAGAAAUCGAUCGAUUUGAAUGGGAACCCAAUGAAAAUGCAAAAAUCAAUUGUGCUGCUAUUAGUUUGGAUGCUCAAAUCGUUUGUCAUAAUUUUAUUCGAACAUUUUUCGAGUUGGCCAAUGGAUUUUUCAUUUUGUGUGGAACUUAUGCAUUGCAACCGACGUGUGCCGAAUUUAGGAUUGGAAAUUCUAGUGGGUUUUUUAAAAAUUUAUUUGAAGUUUUAUAUUAAAAAUGGUUGAUUUAAUUGUAAGUGAUUUUCAGCUGAAAUUCCAGAAUUUUUAAUAGAAAAAAAAUAAUUUUUUUAUUGAAAAAAUUAACUGUUUCAAAAAUUAUUUAAAACGUGUUCUGGAAAGUUCGAUUGUUCUGUUCCUUAGUUUCUUUUCAAAUAAAAAAAUAUAUAAAUUUUUUUCCCAAAAAUUUUCUAUUUCGGAAAUUUACUGUUUCAAAAUUUAUUCAAUAGAUUUUUUUUCGAAUAAAAAUUUUCUGCUUCUCGAUUUCAAGUAGGUUUGAAAUUUUACUUGUUUUCAGUACUGUUGAAACUUUACAAUUCAACAUUUUUUUUCUGAAAAUCUCACUGUUUCAAAAUUUUCCAAAAAAAUUUCAACAAAAUUGACGGACUUAAUCAGGAUUACAAAAAGUUUCUCUCUGAAUUUUUGAAAAAUUUACUGUUUCAAAAAUUAUUUUAGAUUUUCCUAUUAUUUUGCGCUGUUUCAAGAUCAAGUUAUUAUCUAAUAUUGUUCAGAAAAUCAAUUCGGUUCGAAAUUUCCAAAAAAAAACUUUCAAAAAAAAUCACUGUUUCAACAGAUUUUCAUCAUUAUUCGGGAAAUGCUUCUUUGUUUUCUAUAUAGACAAUUAAACAUUUUCCAAUGAACAUGUCGUGAAAAAUAUCACUUCAGUCAUAUAAAUUUCAAAAAAAAACCAAAUUUUUCGAAUUUUCCAGGUGCAACCCGCCUAAUUCCAUCAAUCGGAAUGUCUCCAGUCGAUGCCGAUUCAAUUUCUCCAUUCAUCAGAUCCAACGACAAUAUAAUAACAGUAAAUGUGGCCGAAUUAUCCUCCUCCGAACCACUUUUAAUUCGAAGAAAUGUCAUGAAAAUGUGGAAAGGUGUAGAAAAUGAUGUGAUUUUGAGAACUCCAAGAGGUCUGAAUUCAUUCGAGCAACAAACAAGUUUUCUAGGCAUGUUUAAGGAGAAAAAUGAAAAAGAAGUUCUAUUUUUCUUUUCUGAGAGUCCAAUUGAUUCUGAAGGAUGUGGAUUAGGAUUGCAUAAAGUUGCUAGAAUUGGAAGAAUUUGUGAUGAUGAUAUGGGUGGAAAUUCGGGACAAUUAUCAAAAGAAUGGUCAUCUUAUACAAAAGCGAGGCUAGAAUGUUCGAUUGAAGAGGAAAAUGAGGAUACGUUUUAUUUCAAUCAAUUUGCAAGUGUUAGUCAAAGUAGAAACUAUUUUUAUGGAGCUUUUCGAUCGCAAUUGGCUGGAAUUGGAGCAUCGGCGAUUUGUAGAUAUGAAAAGAAAUAUAUUAGUCAGACGAUUGCGAAUUCGUUUAGAAAUUCGAGGGAAAGUUGUCCGAGAGCGAUGGAUUUGGAAGAACUUUUGAAGAUUCGAGUGAAUCCGCUGAUUAAACAAAGUUGGUUUUUUCUAGAGGGGAGAAAAAAAUUACUGUUUCAAAAAAGUUGGAUAUAAUUUUGGAUUUGUUGAAUUUUGCUGAUUAGCAAAAUUUCACGGUUUCAAAAAAUUUAUAAUAACACUUUUUUCAAUCGAAACUUUUGCUUUCUUUUUCAUGGAUAAUUUACGUUUCAAAAAAAUUUGGAAAUAAUUUUGAAGUAGAAAAAUCAUUUGUCCAUGGCGAAACGUAACAAAAUUUAAAAAUUAAUUUGUUAAAAAAAAAACAUAAGAAUUUUGUUUUGAACUUUUGCUAAUUCCCGAGGAUUUCAUUUGAAACAAAUUGUACUUAUGUUUCUCAAAAAAAUUCACUGUUUCAAAAAGAGUUCGAAAUAAAUUUGGACUAGAAUAACCAUUCCGUGACGGUAUGAUACAAAAAUAAACAAUUAUUUUUUCUCAAGAAAAUUUUACUGUUUCAACAAUUCUCAAUAAAAAGAAACGAUUUGGAUUUUUGAUUCUCUCUACCCGUUCGAAAUUAUUUUCAAAAAAAACUUACUGUUUCAAAAAAGUUGGAUUUAAUUUUUUUUCGUUAGUUCCAUCUUGGUUUUGAAACAUUGUAGUACAAUUUUGAUCAGAAUUUUUUUCAAUCAAAACUGAUUUCAUUUUCUCAUGGAUAAUUUACGUUUCAAAAAAAUUUGGAAAUAAUUUUGAAGUAGAAUAAUCAUUGGACCAUGGCGGAACGAAACAAAAAUUAAAAAAUCAAUUUUUUUCAAAAAAAAAAUUCACUGUUUCAAAAAAUUCAUAAGAAAUUAUUUGUUCUGGAUUUUUGCUCAUAAAAUUGUAAGUACUUAUGUUUCUCAAAAAAAUUCACUCUUUCAAAAAGAUUUGGAAAUAAUUUUGGACUAGAAUAACCAUUCUUCCGUGACGGUAUGAUACAAAAAUAAAAAAUUAUUUUUUCUCAAGAAAAUUUCACUGUUUCAAAAAAUUCACAAUAAAAAACAACGAUUUGAAUUUUUGAUCCCCUCUCCCUCCGUGCGAAAUUAUUUUCAAAAAAAAUCUUGUAAAUCUCAAGAAAAAAUUACUGUUUCAAAAAAAGUUGGAUUUAAUUUUUUUUUCGUUGAAGAGUUUCAUUUUAAUUUUGAAAAAUUGUAGUACAAUUUUGCUAAAAAAAAUUUAGAAAAACAAUUUUGAUCAGAAUUUUUUUCAAUCGAAACUGAUUUCAUUUUCUCAUGGAUAAUUUACGUUUCAAAAAAAUUUGGAAAUAAUUUUGAAGUAGAAUAAUCAUUUGUCCAUGGCGAAACGUAACAAAAAUUAAAAAACAAUUUUUUUCAAAACAAAAUUCACUGUUUCAAAAAAUUUACAAGAAAUUAUUCGUUCUGGAUUUUUGCUCAACUUUAAUUGAAUAAAAUUGUACUUAUAUUGUUCAAAAAAAAAUUCACUGUUUCGGUCUUUUUAUUUUUAAAUCUUGGUCUAAAAAUAUCUCGUUCUUUUGUUUUUGUAAGUUAUACAAAUUCUCAAAAAUUUCACUGUUUCAAGAAAUUCACAAGAAAAAAAUUAGGUUUAGAUUUUCGCUAUAUGACAGAAAAAUCUUCUCUAAAAUUUUCUCGAAUGAAAAAUCUUUCAAAAAAAAUUUACUGUUUCAAAGGGAUUGCUAAUAAUUGUGGGCUAAAUUGAUUUUGUUGAUCCAUGGUUAUACUUUACUAAAAUUAAAUUUGAAAAAAAAACAAAUGAGAAAAUUGCUUCACUGUUUCCGAAAAUUCUCAGAAAGAAAUUUUCGAUCUGGAUUUUCGCUAUAUUUUUCAAAUAAAAUUGAAAAAAAUAGCAGAAAAUAUACGUUUCAACAAAAUUCGAAAUGACAAUCUUUCGAUCUAAUUUUUAAUACGAUACAAAGUUCCAUUUCCCCCCUAAAAAUUCACUGUUUAAAAAAAUUUAAACAUAAAAUGUUCCAGAAAUUUCCGCUCACCCAAUCUAUGUUUUCCACGGAAAAGACAAAUUUGUGAAUAUGAUAACCGAUGAAAAUGUUCGAGAUUUAUCCGGAAAAUCAUUCGAUAUAAUGUAUAUUGCGACAAAUUUGGGAAAUAUUUUGAAAGUUGUUUUGCCGCAUUCUGGAGGAGGACAAGCGAGACAUUCGAGCACUUUGAGAGUUUUACCGGUGAGAAAAUUGAGCAUUUUUUGAGGGAAGUGGAAGUUGAACAAUUUUGAGAAGAAAAAAUCUACUGUUUCAAAAUUUUUAUAAAUAAAAAUUUCUGAAAUCUGUUGUGCUGUUCUAAUUAUUUCCAAUUGUUUUCCGAAAAAUAUAGAAAAAACAAGAUUAUCUUGAAAAAUAAAAAAAUUACUUUUACACCCAAAAAUUCACUGUUUCAAAAAUUUAGUUAAAAACUUGGUGAGGAAGGAAGUGAAUUUGCUGAAAUCAAAAUAUAUUCAAUUAAAAUUUUCCUACUGUUUCAACAAAAAUUGAAAAGAGAAUUUUAUUUUGCCGAACAUGUUUCUUGGAGUUUUGUAUACCCGAAUGAAAAAAUUUCAGGAAACAUUCACUGUUUCAAAAAUGUUUAAAAUUCGACAGUUUUUGGAGCUUUGUUGCUUAACUGUUCACAAUCUAGGUUUUUAUGAAAAUUCAAAAAUUUUCAAGAAAAAAUCAGGAAUAAAUUUAAUUUUUAAAAAAUAUUCACUAGAUAAUUUUAUCCGAAAAUGUUUUCACUGUUCCAAAAAUUCAUUCAAUUUCCAGCCCAACACAAAAAUCAUCUCAAUGCAACUGUUCACCGAAAAUCUCGCCAACAAUUUGACCUACCAAUAUCUUAUCCUAAUAACCGAUCACAGUGUUUUGAAAAUUCCGACAACAACGUGUAAUUUGGCACCAAAUUGUGCCGAAUGUUUAUCAUCUGGUGAUCCACAAUGUGCUUGGGCUGAUGCUGGAGAAUGUAUUGAUGUUAGAAGUGAAAAAACGUAGGGAUAAAGAAUUUUUUUCUGAAUGAAAAAUGUUUAAAUAUUUUUCAGGAGGAUCAAAUAUUCGAGCCAAGAUAGUGGAACUUGUGAUCUGAAUUUUGGACAAGAAAUCAAGCCGAUAUCCUUGGCGCCAUUGAAACCGGUUAAAAGUGAGUUCUUUUUUUCAAUCGAAAAUAUAUCAGUUAUUUUUGGAACACUCCCUCAGAUCUUUCAAUAAUAAAAAUUCACUGUUUCAAAAAAUAUUUAUGAAAAAUUUUGAAAUUUAAAAAUUGAUUCAUUUAGUUUUUUACUGUUUCAACAAACUAUUUUUGAAAAUCUGAUUUUCGCAGAAAUCUAAAAUUUUUCUCACAGAAAAUUCUCUCAAAAAUAUGUUUUAUUCAAAUUUCAAAAAUUAUUUUAUGAUAUUUUUCAAGAAAAUUUUACUGUUUCAAAAAAUUGUUUUCUUUAAAAAAUUUAUUCUGAUAUUCAGUACUGUAACAGCAUAAUAUUAUUUAAAAUUUCAUUAAAAUUUUUUGAAACAGUGAAGGUUCAACACAAAAUUUCACUGUUUCAAGAAAUUGUUUUGAUCUCUAAAAAUGCCGUAUUACUAAUAAAAACAUCCUUCAAAAGCAAAAAUUUAUACAUUUUCUUGAAACAGUGAAUUUUUCCCUCACAAAAAACAUAUUUUUCCAGAAGAGCCUUUAAAUUGUCUGUGCGAGACCACUACCGUAAUCCCAUGCACAACUGAAGUCAUUCAAAAAGAAAUCAUUCAAUAUGCCACGUCAUCGGAAAUCUGGAAAUAUUUGGCGAUUUUCGCUGCGGGACUCGUCGUUGGCGCCGUUUUCAAUUGCAUCUAUUUCUAUUUGAAUCGCCGGUUUUGUCAACAAAAUCGCGAGAAUUUAAAGGGAGGUGGAGGAUUAUCGAGUAGAUCAAGCACUGCAAUUGCGCCAACUCGAAUGCCGAUUGACGCAUUUACGAAUAGCACAAUUGCUGAUGAAAUGUUUUCGAUGCAUUCGUCGAUUAGAACUUAUUGUUGA